AUGCAAUCCCUCCUCCGAACGCGCCUCCCAAGCGCACUCGCGCAAACCCGACUCCGCGCGCGCCCAAAUCACCUCAAACCCUACAAUGCAUCCACGCUACUCCGACACACAAGCACAGCAACCACCCUGACCAAACUCGACCUCCCGAGACUGGACAAGAAAUGGCAAGAAAAAUGGACUGCAGAGCGGAUGACUGCCGCCAAAGAAUCUCAAUCUCUAUCUCCAACCAAAUCAACCAAACCCCAAUCCUACAUCCUCUCCAUGUUCCCCUACCCCUCCGGAACCCUGCACAUGGGCCAUCUGCGUGUGUACACGAUCUCCGAUGUCCUAGCGCGGUACUACAAAAUGCGCGGGCAUGACGUUCUUCAUCCGAUGGGAUGGGAUGCGUUUGGUCUUCCGGCGGAGAAUGCGGCUAUUGAGCGGGGGAUUGAUCCGGGUGUUUGGACGGGGCAGAAUAUCGAUCGCAUGAAGGAGCAGCUUGGGUGUAUAUCUGCUGGGUUUGAUUGGGAGAGGGAAUUGGCGACGUGCUCUCCGGAGUUUUAUGAACAUACCCAGCGGAUCUUCCUGAUGCUUUAUCAGAAGGAUUUGGCGUAUCAGGCUGAGGCACUGGUCAAUUAUGAUCCGGUUGAUAAGACGGUUUUGGCGAAUGAGCAGGUUGAUGCCAAUGGGUUCUCGUGGAGAUCUGGUGCAAAGGUUGAGAAGUUGAAUUUGAAGCAGUGGUUCUUCCGUAUUACUGAAUUCAAGGAAGCGCUGCUGAAGGAUCUUGAUUCCCUUGCUGGUGGUUGGCCGGAGCGUGUCCUUUCCAUGCAGCGGAAUUGGCUUGGGAAGUCUUAUGGGGCCAAGGUUACUUUCCCCGUUACUGUGAACAGCAAUGGGGGCGAGGAGGUCAAUGUGGAUGUUUUUACGACUCGGCCGGAUACCUUGUAUGGGGUGGAAUAUCUUGCUCUUUCGUUGAGUCAUCCUAUUGUGCUCAAGGCUGCGGAGAAGGAUGAAGCUCUCAGCAAGUUUUUGAGCGAAGCUGCUUCACUUCCGCCAGACUCAAAGGCUGGAUACAAAUUAUCCGACGUGGAAGUGUCUCAUCCUCUGCGCAAAAUUGACACAGAAAGUUCACAGUUGUCGAGGAAGCUUCCUGUUUUCGUGGCGCCCUAUGUUCUUAGCGAUUAUGGCGAAGGAGCCGUCAUGGGAGUUCCUGGUCACGAUACCAGGGAUAUGUCGUUCUUCAAGGAGAAUGUGAACCCGGAAUAUAUCUCGGUCGUUGUUGAGGCUGAGGUAACGGACGGCGAGACAAAUUGUGCUGUCCCAGCCUCUGACUCCAAGGCUUUCACCCAAGAGGGCUUCUUGACUUCCAUCUGCGGGAAGUAUUCUGGGCUGCCCUCCAAGGAAGCUUCCGAGCUCAUUGUCAAUGACCUCAAGCAGGUUGGACAAGCGGAGUUUGUUGAGAGCUGGCGUCUACGAGACUGGCUGAUUAGUCGUCAGCGGUACUGGGGUGCCCCUAUUCCCAUCAUCCACUGUGGCGACUGUGGUCCUGUUCCUGUUCCUGUGAAGGAUCUCCCAGUGAAGCUGCCGAAGAUCGAGGGAGACUGGCUUAAAGGAAAGAAGGGCAACCCUCUCGAAUCAUCCGAUGAAUGGCUCCACACAGAAUGCCCCAGCUGUGGAGGAGCAGCUAAACGGGAUACAGACACCAUGGACACAUUUGUGGACUCUUCAUGGUACUUCCUUCGGUUCCUCGACUCAGCCAACAAGGAGGCACCAUUCUCUCCUGCCGUAACACGGCCAGUAGAUGUCUAUAUCGGCGGAGUCGAGCAUGCUAUUCUUCAUCUCCUCUACGCCCGGUUCAUCUACAAGUUCCUCGCUCAAUCGGAGCUAUUCCCAGCUGGAACCUCCGACGCACCUGCAGAACCAUUCAAAACUCUUCUCAGUCAAGGAAUGGUCCACGGCAAGACCUUCACCGAGCCCUCAACUGGCCGAUUCCUCCGCCCAGAGGAAGUUGACCUCACCAGCCCGGACAAGCCUUUGAUCAAGGGAACCCAAGUCACUCCCAAUAUUUCUUUCGAGAAGAUGUCCAAAAGCAAAUACAACGGCGUGGACCCAACCGAAUGCACAUCCAAGUACGGCGCCGAUGCCACGCGUGCCCAGAUCCUCUUCGCAGCCCCCGUCAGCGAAGUCCUAGAAUGGGACGAAUCCAAGAUCGUCGGCAUAGAACGCUGGUUCGGCCGACUCUGGAAGCUCAUCCAAGAUACCCAGCAAACCCUGACAACAGCAUCAUUCUCCCUCCCCGCAGAAGCCCAACCUUCAUCCUCAACCGGCCACGCCGCCCCUCUCCCCUCAUCCCUAAACGACCUGAGCGACGCAGACGCAGACGCCAUCCUGGCUACGCACAACACCAUCUCCUCAGUCACAACCUGCAUCGAGAGCAACCCCUACAGUCUGAACACAGUCAUCUCAGACCUAACCAAAUUAACCAACACCCUCAACACAACUCCCGCAUCUACCCCUCUAAUCCUCUACCUCACAAUCUCCUCUCUCCUCCGUCUCCUGGCUCCCAUCGCCCCGGCCCUCUCAUCCGAAUGCUGGGAAACCCUACACAAGACACUCAAUAAACCCAACAACAACAUCCCAUCAAUCCUCACAUCACCGUGGCCAAGCACCCUCCUCACGACAGACGAGGCAGAGACCCUAUCCGCUCGCGGGGGAGUCAAGGUCGCCGUGCAGGUUAACGGCAAGACCCGCUGUGCGGUUACCAUUCCGUCCAUGAAGGCUUCACCAACUACAAGCGCGGGGAAGAAGAAUGCCCCUCCUACGCAGGAGGAACAGGACUGGAUUGUUAGUCGGGUGCUGGAGACUCCUGAGGGGAAAUUGUGGCUGAGUGAGAAGCAUGAUUGGGAGAAGAGGAGGAGGGUUAUUGUGAUCAAGGGUGGGAAGUUGGUCAAUGUUGUGUUUUGA